AUGGCGGCGGAGUUUACGGAGUUGGAUGAGGCAAAUCGCAAGGUGCGAGAGUGGAAGCGCGAGGCAAAGGAAUCGGCGCCUGUCAGCCUCGCUGGUGGCGUUGACCUGACCAUGUCUCUUGAUGACAUGCAGCACGUCGCGCCCUCGCUUUCUCCCUUUCAGGUACUGCGCACCAACGACAUCCUCACCCAGCUAGUCUACACCCCCUCGGUCACGACCACCGCCGCCGCUAGUGCCGUCUUUGGUGCGCUUGUGACGCUCAUCCUCACUCUGCAAGGUAGCCGGGCAGCUGUCGCACGGCAGGCCCUUUGGCGACGGUGGACGCACCGCCUGCUGCGCCUCGUGAUGAGUGCCGUCGUGUCGGUCGUGUUUGUUCGAUUUCUGCGCCAGCGUUACCCGACGGUGCGGCGCGUCUCACAGUACGAAAACUUGUCCAGCUCUCCCGAGGAUCCGUGCUUUGUCGCGAACCGCAUUCUCACCAUGACAAGCUCGCACGCCGGUACACACGCCGAUGGCCCACACCACUUCUGCCGCAGUCUAUCUCACCGCAACUACGACGAUGCACACUACAGCGGCGACGCCGUAGUGCUGGAUGUUGCGGCGGAGCUGCGUGAAUGUCAGCAAUCAUUAGCUCCUAAUGCCCCCGUGGUGGUCACGGUGGAGGUGCUGGAAAAGGCUCGAGCGAAACUACCUGCAGCCUUUCGAGAUGGGACCCGCCCAAUGUGGCGCCUGCUGUUGAUCACGUGUAACUCAACGGUAACUGGCGCUACCAGGGGAAGCACUAGCGAGACGUUGACGCGACCUCUUCGCGGUCUCCUUCCGCUGGACGAUGAGGCCCCACCACGGGUGGACGUAACCGUGACCAACAGUGCUAGUGCUCCGACGUCGUCUGAGUCUCCGUGGAACUCGUACGCGUUUUUGGAACCCGAAGCAGUGGCUUAUCUGCAUUGCGCCUUCCCUCACUUGGUACUGGUAGGCAUCGACAGCCCUUCUGUCGAUCCGCCGCACACCAUUCUGCCCAAGAGGCACAGCCACCAUACGCUGCUGCGGUGCGGCAUAGCGAUCCUUGAGAAUCUCCGCUACACUCGUCUUUUUCCUCUGCUCGAGAGGAACCCAGGAGAGAGUCAGCGUGGAUGGGUCUCCGGGUCGAUGUUAACGGUCUUCAAUGCCACGCAAAAUUACGAUGACGCGCGCGGCUGCUCUGUUGUCUUCUUUCCCGAGGAGCCUCUUUGA